AUGAGUGCUGUUGAACACCAAUUCCACGGUAUACCACCGCCAGAUGAAGAGGAAGUGCUAUUGAGCAAAAUAGUGUUUGGAGACACGGCUGAAUUUCAUGAAAGUCUGUCGGAGCUACGGCAUCUCGACGAAGGUUUCUCAAAUAGUAACGAUGGUGAUAUAAUGCUUAAAGAAGCAGGGGAAGACGAUGAUGAUGAGGGCUCAGAAGCCGAUAUGGACCGUAUGAACGAUGACCAACUGUUUUUUGUGGACGAUGGGAUCGACGGUGAGACCCAGGAUCAAAUGUCCGUGGACGAUGAAAGUUCGCAGAGCGAUAUAGACGAUGGAACCGAGGAAAGUAGUGAUGCGUGGUCUGACUCCGACGACGAACGUGUGGAAGUAACCAUCACAGCUACGAAUAAGACAAAAAAACUGCGCACUUCGUACAACGAAGGUCAAAUCAGAGGCCGGCAUUACGUACAGCGUCUGAGAUCGCAGUUUGAAAAAAUAUAUCCAAGGCCAAAAUGGGUUGAAUCCCCAAGCGAUGACGACUCGGAUGCAGAACAAACGGGUUCCGGUAAUGACGAAGACCUCGAACAAGUCAUCAACGGCGACGCAAGUGCGCUUUCCAAGAUUCUACAAAGCACGUACGUCUACCACGAUCUUUCCAACCGGUUGCUGCCGCCAAAAGUGCUUGAUAUUACAAGGCUCAAGGAUGCUAAUGCCGCACAUCCAUCCCGUUCAGCCAUACAGUCGCUCUCUUUCCAUCCUUUGAAACCUCUGCUACUGACAGGAGGUUACGAUCGGACACUCAGGGUUUACCACAUCGAUGGCAAAAACAACCAUUUGGUCACCAGUUUGUACUUAACAGGAACUCCUGUUCAAACAUGCACAUUUUACGUGACUCCUUCGCAUAAAGAACAAAAAAUACUGACUGGUGGUAGACGCCGUUAUAUGCAUUCCUGGGACAUCUCUUCUAGCAGCGGUAGCCAGCAAGCGAAGAUAGAAAAAAUAUCCAGGUUAUAUGGGCACGAAGAAACACAGAGAUCGUUUGAAAAUUUCAAAGUGGGUCAUCUGUGCGGUAAAACUGAGACACAUGGUAUAAUCCUACUCCAAGGUAACAACGGCUGGGUCAACGUGCUGCAUGCUACCACUGGGGUUUGGCUGACCGGUUGCAAAAUUGAAGGCGUACUGGUGGACUUUUGUUUGGAUUACAAGCCUCGAGUCAAAAACACUUUUCAAACAAUUCUAAUAAUGGUCAACACAUAUGGAGAAAUAUGGGAAUUUGACCUAACUAACGGCGGCGAAGUGCUACGCAAAUGGAAGGACGAAGGAAGCGUUGGUAUCACUACCAUCCAAGUAGGCGGCGGUUACAAUUCAACGCAGCUUCUACCUUUCAAAAAAGUGAGACAGAACAGAUGGCUGGCAAUUGGUAGUGCUAGUGGUUAUGUGCAUGUUUAUGAUAGAACUACCACCAACGUUGAACCUAGCGCCAAACUAGAUCAACUCACUACGUCGGUGUCUUCGUUAGCGUUUUCACCCGACGGCCAGAUUUUAUGCAUUGCCUCUCGUGCCACCAAGGAUGCCCUAAGAAUGGUGCAUCUGCCCUCUGGUAAAGUUUUUGCAAACUGGCCUACGAGUGGUACACCUCUGGGUAAAGUUACAAGCAUUGCAUUUUCACCUCGCGGUGAAAUGUUUGCUGCAGGUAACGAACAAGGAAAGGUGAGACUUUGGAGACUAAAUCACUACGGCUAA